AAAAUAAAAGAAUUUUUUUUUUAGUUUUAGUUUUAAAAUACACAUGUUUUUUUCUCUCUCUUCAUAAUGAUAAUAAAAGUCCCUCAAACUGACUGAGAAUGACCCACUUUUUAAAAUUCCUAAUUUUGCGACCAAUCUCUACGGUGACUGUAGGAGGCGCUAUUUCCUUCUGUUCACCUCCAAUGUAUCCCACGUGUUUUUUAGGCUACAAAUAAACACGUCUCAAAUUUUUUAUAAGCUUGGAUGAAGUAUAUAUAUAUAUAUAAAAAUAUAUCGUUUUCAUGUCACAUGAUCCUGCGACUGUAUCGUUUGUUUUGGGGAUGUGGAGGGUUUUCAGAGUACCAGUAAAAAACGAACAAACAAAAAGUGGCCUGUAUUUCAAUGUAACAUUUUCUGUUUUAAAAUGAAUAACUGUCCCUUUUUCCUUUCCUGGUUUCUGAUGAGAAAAUCUCAAAAGAUAAUAAUUCACUUGGGCAGAUUGCUGUUCUUCUUUAAACAACACGGCGUGUUUCAGUGCAUCUCUUCAAAGUAAUAAUAAUUCUUGUGAAAAUAAUUUGAUGCACCUCUUGCUUUCUGGUGCAUCACAAGACAUUCACAUGUAUAACUAGAAGUAUUUCAGCAAUACCUUUGAAAAAGUGAAUCUCAUUCAUAAAGUGAUAUAUUACAAGUCUUUAUUUCUGUCAACAUUGAUGGUUACGGUUCACAUCAAACCAGGAUCUCAUGGGAAAUCUCAUUUGAUAAUCUCACAUAGUGCUGAUUGAAAGUCAGUCAUGCUUCAUUUGUAACAGUGUGCACCGAUUGCAGUUUUCUGGCCAAUUAAUGAUUAACAAUCUUUAAAAAGCCUGACCUGCCAAUUCCAAUUUUGGCUGAUACCGUGUUUUUUUGUGUGUGUGAAAUGUUGCCAAAUAUAGCAAGAAAGUCGUUGAGUUGGUGACUAUUGCUAACUGCAAACAUGUACAUGACUCGGUGGGCUGGUCUGUCAGUGAAACCUCCCUCACAGCAGAGCAACAGAGGACAGUGGUUGAUUUUUAGACCUUUGCUGAGGUCAGCAAGACCGGCAGAUGUGAUCGGCUUCAGUAUCGGCCAAUCAACGAUCUCCCAAAAUGAAGGCAAUUGAGGCCGAUUUAUUGGUACACCCCUUUCAAUUAGUAAAGCUUUUUUCUCUUUUGCAGAGCAUGGGACUGUGCAGAGCUAAAGUAACCCAGUUCCUGGGGGCCAAACAGUACUCCAAGGCCCCUGACGGAGGAUGGGGGUGGGUGGUGGCUGUGGCGUUCUUCCUGGUGGAGAUGUUCACAUAUGGCAUCAUUAAGAGCUUUGGGAUCUUCCUCCAGGACAUGAUGGAGGAGUUUGGUGAGACCAACAGUCGGGUCUCGUGGAUCAUUUCCAUCUGUGUGUUCAUCAUGGCCUUUAAUAGUCCUCUCUCCUCAGUGAUGAUGAACCACUUUGGCUUCCAGUUUGUUGUUAUGAUUGGAGGAUUACUAAUAUCCACUGGCACCAUUGCAACCAGCUUUACCAGUUCACUCAAUCAGAUAUACAUCACCUAUGGAGUAGUGACAGGUCUGGGCUACAGUCUGACUUUCCUGCCCACUGUGACCAUCCUGUCGAAGUACUUCAGCCGUCGGCGCUCUCUGGUCACUGCUCUGGCUUCUACUGGGGAGUCCCUUGCAAUGUCUGCCCUAGCUCCAGGCUUUUCUGUGUUAAGAGAUAAAAUUGGCUGGAGACGCACCAUGGCAGUGAUCGGAGCUCUGCAAAGCGUCAUCAUCGUCUGUGGUGUGCUGCUCCGGCCAAUCAUUAUUAAACCCAGAAUGCCCCAAAGCCCAAACAUUGACACGUCUUCCCCAAAGGAGCUGGAAGCACUCAAGAAACAAGAGAAUGUAGACAGUUUGGUUCUUGAGAACUUUGAGACGACUAAUGGUGUCCUGUCACUUAAAGACACCUGUACACCAGAGGAGAAUACUUCCCUGGACAAAGAGGCAAGGCUAGAGACGACUCCAAACUCUCAGGAAAAAAGUAAAGAACCGGAAACAGAAAAACACAACAAAGAUGACGAAAAAACGAUGUACCAAGAAGGAGGAUGCAACUCAGGCUGCACAAAGCAAUCUGCUGCAAAUUCUAGACUCCUAGACUUCUCCAUCCUCAAAGACUGCAGUUUUAUUCUCUACUCUCUGUUUGGACUGUUUGCCACUCUGGGUUUCUUUGCCCCUCCACUCUACAUCAUCGAGCUGAGCGUGAACCGUGGCGUGGAGCGAGAGCAAGCCACCUACAUGCUCUCCAUCAUGGCCGUGGCUGAAAUCUUUGGACGAUUCCUCAUCGGGUGGGUCCUGUCCCAGAAUGUGUUCAAGACAAGGAAGCUCCUGGUACUCCUGAUGUGUGUGGUCAUGAUGACAGUGGACUUAGUGGGAUUUACGCUAGUGACAAAUUUUUACACUCUGGGUUUGUGCUGUGCUGUGUACGGGUUCUUCAUGGGAACCCUGGCAUGCACUCACAUCCCUAUGCUGGCAGAGGACGAGGUGGUGGGUGUGGAGAGGAUGUCAUCAGCUGCCGGUGUCUAUGUGUUCAUCCAGAGCUUUGCUGGACUGGGUGGGCCACCACUUGGAGGUGUGCUAGUGGAUGUAACUACGGACUAUGGAGCGGCAUUCUACUCCUGCGCGGUGGGAAUGGGACUGAGUGCUGUGUUCCUGGGACUUGUUAGACCUGCUAAAAAAGGGUUGCCCUGCAGGAGGAGAAGCCCGAAACACUCUGCAGUUGAACAUGAAAGGAACCCUGGCUACAAGGAGGUGAGAGGAGAGAAGAAACCGGACCAAACUCACACGGCACACGACUGCUCUGAGACAGAAGACAAAGGGAACGUCAGUCAGGAAGGAGUCAAGGAGGUCACAACUCAAUACUAAGCUGAAAAAACGCACAAGUAAAAGAACAAAUCAAGUGAAUGUAAGGGUAUAAGGUGAACAGUCCAGGAGGCAGUAAAGAGAAGGUUCAGCACUUAUGAGAGGGGAGUAGGCAUGGGCUGGUUACUGGUUUCAAGGUAUACCGCAAUAUAAAAAACAUCACGGUUUCAAAACCACAAAAAUUUUCCGUCAUACCAUUCUGGCGGUACAAGCGUGUUUUUUUUGUCAGAGAUAGAGUGGAGGUCGAAUCAAACCGGUCAUGUGUAGCUGCACUAUCACAAUCCGUCCACCUUGUCUAAAAGAACAAAGUCCACUUUAUGGAAGUACAUCAGCUACCGCAGGAAGACAGAUGGCAACUUGGAGGAAGAAGGUUGUCCUAUGUGCAAAACUUGCUUACCAUACUGUAGCCAAAGGAGGCAAACACGAUCGUACAUCUAGGAGAGCAAUUUGCUAAAUUAAAGGUAAAGUUCAUGCUGUGGUGAAAUGAACGAGCUACCUCUAGUGAAACAAAUAUCACCGUGUUUGUGAUCUAGAAGGAACUUCCAAAAGCAAUUUAAGUUGACUAUGACUGUAGAGAUUAUGGCGAUAGGCGAAUUUGAAAUGAAAAUAAAGGGCUGUCGCGUGGCGCAGAUUUUGGAGCUGCGCCAUGUAGACAGAGGCUACCGACCGGGAUGUGUUCACCCCACGUUCGUCUCCCAUUGUCUUUCUCCCUUUCUCUUUGACCCCUUCCUGUCACAUUGCUUUCAAAUAAAUGCCACUAGUGUAAACAAAAUGUCCAGCAAUAAUAAAAAAAGAAAUUCUAGUUAAAUUCAAAUGGCUGUUCUAAAUGUUCUGGCAGCAACGCGUCAUGUCAAAGAGGAUCAGCCCACAAUUCAGCAAACAUGCAAGAAGCAAAUUGCCUAUACAUUCACAUCAAAGCAUGCUAAAGAAAUGCUAAAUGAUACGUCUUAGAGCUGUAAUACUAAUACCACACCUAGCCUAGCCAUCCCAGGCCACUCUGCUCCAUUCAAAUCUCUGAUAUGCUCCAGGCUUCCUCCCAUUGACUUGGAGUCUGCCAGUAGACUUUCUACUGGGCCAAUCAGCAUACAAGAGAAGUUGAUCUUCUGCGCUGUUUUAGAAAUGCACUCUCACUGCAGUUUUUGCAAUGGCAGCAGAGGAAGUGAAGGAAGUCUUUCAGUCCAUGUUGGCCACACUUUCAAAUAAUGAAUUGACACCAACAGCCGCCUCGUAAUUUCCGGAAGCUUCAUAGCAUCAAACUGGUGCAUUACAUCAUCGUUACGUCACGGCCAAACAUUAACGACUUUAGGAAAAUUUAAAACCUCAACAGAGUCCACUCCUCUAGGAAGCAAUCGUGUCUCAAUAGCCGAGCGUUCAGACCCUCUGUACCAAGCUAAGAGUAGAACAAGGGGCUGACGUUUACCCGCCAUGUGAUACCACGACAUGGUGAUAUUUUUACCUAACAUAUCAUAGUGUCAUAAUUUCAUACCGCCGCAUGCCUAGACGGAAGUAUCGCUGUGGUGUUUGAUCGAAAUAGGGAGUUGUACCUUAAAUAUGAUCCAACAACCAGUAUUUUUUUUUUACAAGUUUACACGCCAAAUAUAAAAAUUAAUGCUUUUUUUGUACUUUGUUCUGUGUUAGUGAAGAGUGUAGAGUGAAUGAACAGUGACAGGAGAUGUCACACAAAGGUGUGUCCUCAAUAAGUCAUCAGUGUUGCAGUGUGAAGUUAGUUAGUUUGUCUGGUAUCAAUCAGGGCCUAACACUGAAGCAUUUUACAUCAGCUGUUGAUCAGUCUAACCACUCCUGGAAAAUACUAGAAACUAAAGAGAGCUGCUAACAAAAUAUACUGCACAGAUUUUAUUGCAAUUAAUUGAAAAUAAAUAAAAAAUUCCAAAACCUCAGGAGAAUGUAACAAAAAGUAUUUUCUUAUUUUUUAAUCUAUUUUUUCUGUAUAUCAAUCAUUUGUCAUUUUGUACCAAAGAUGCAUUAAAUCGCAAUAAAGCAAUGAUGUGAAUUGAACUUCUUAAUUAAGCCUUCCAGGCGUAUUUUUGUGUCAUGAAGCGAUGGCUCAUGCAUUGAUCACAUCAGUCACUGAAGAGCCUGUAUAAUGUUAACACAUCCAUCCAUGCAAAAUGACCUGCUAAUGCUAAUCUGAGCAUAAACACAUCAGAUUGCAGUUUGCAUUUCAGACUAAAAUAAAAAUGUGACAUUAAGUCCCUUAAUUCACAAAGUUUCUUUCUCCUGUUGAUUGUUGACAGUCCAUCCAAAUUCCCUCUUAUUUUUAACGUGUCCCAUCAGUGUGACACAUCUGUCGAAUCCUCAGUUUACACAAUAAAUCAAUAAAAAUAU